UCAAGAAUUAAAAAAAAGAUACCAAAGCCUACUCCACCUAUAAAUCCUGGAUUAUUUUUUUAGGGCAGACAGCUCUGUAUUUUCCAAAAGCGGCUACAAAGAAAAGCAAUGAUCAACAAAAACAAGGAAAUAAGCGCAACAUACAUGCCGCAGCCCUCUCUAGUUUAAAAGUAUCGGUGGUAGUUGGAGAAAAAAAAUGAGCUCUUAUGUUGACAGCUGCAAUCUCAGGCAAACAAGCGAGACAACUUCUCCUAACACUAUGUUUAGUUUCGAUCUUUCUGGGCGCACGUCCAGCCGUUAUGAGGGUGUUAAUGUGAACGGGAUAUUCACUUGUCCCGUCCCCACGACCUCUGUUGAACGGGAGGAGAUGAAAACUAGCCUGCGUGGCAAUACGGAUACUCCUCUCCCGUCAGGACCACAGAUAACCAUGGUCUCCAGUAGCUCGUCCGUGGGCGCAAGCGGGCUCAACUACGGCGGCAGCACGCUGCUGGGACGAGGGGCAGACAGAGACCCGGAGAGGAGCGCAAAAUCCGGCGGCAGCAAGAGCCAGGAGAGCGAGAGAAACGCGGAGAGCACGCAAACCGUGAAACGACACACAAAUGUGAACCAGCGUCAGGACAGUGAGCAGCAGCCACAGAUUUACCCAUGGAUGACAAAACUGCACAUGAGCCACGAAUCGGAGGGUAAGCGAUCCAGGACCAGUUACACCCGCUACCAGACUCUGGAGCUGGAGAAAGAGUUUCACUUCAACCGGUACCUGAGCCGCCGCAGGCGUGUAGAGAUCGCCCACACCCUGUGUCUAAACGAGAGGCAGAUCAAAAUCUGGUUCCAGAACAGACGAAUGAAGUGGAAGAAGGACUCAAAGAUCAAAGUGAAGGAAUAAAAAAAAAAAGUGCACCGGAGAAGCGGGGUGCAUGCAGCACGUUUUUCAAGCCCCUCACUGCACAGUGCUGGAGUGCCGCCUGACCUCCGGAUGAACUGCUCGGAGCAAUGACAUCAUGACACCGCUCUGUGUGCUUCAUCACCAAUUAUGUGUCACUUGCUGCAGUUUGGGACCUAAUGUAUUGAAUAUCACUCACUUUGAUCAAUCGGUUUACAUUUCUAAAUUAAUUUGCUGCCCAUGCGAUGAUAACCUCACUUUGCUGCACGAAGGGGACAAGAGGUUGAGGGGAGCUGGGUCCUUCACGCUGCAAGGCUGCAGUGCACUGAGAGGCUGCACAAUGCUACUACUAAUAAUCUAUGUUUUUAAUUAGGAUAAGAGUAGUGGAGGCUGGCUGCUAGCCCGCAACAUUUCAAACUCUAUGUCAGCAUCAUGUGAUAAAACUUUUAAGAUCAACUAAUCAAAUGAAAGAAUAUUUCUGAGCUGUCCUGUAAUCAACAGUGACAUAGUUUUCCAACAGUAAAAAAUACUACUUUUCCACCUCUUUUUCUUUUUAAUUUCUCUAAUAUGUUGCAGUGGUUGAAUGUGUGAUGUGUCCAGUGAGCUAAUAUCUCUGUGAGUGGGUUUCUGUGAAUGCAUCAGCCCCUGUUGUCUGUCAUAUCCUUGUGAAUCUGAAUCAUGAUGUGUAAUUCAGCGACUGUAUGUGAUAAUAUUGUGAUGUGCAAUGAAGCCAUUUUCUCUCUCCUUCUGUAAACUUAAAGUGCUUGGUUUACACGAGGCACACAAUAACUGAUAGAUGGCCUAAUUGUCGAUUGUAACCAAUAAAGUCUCAUUAUUAAAAGUAAGGAUUUUUCCUAUG